GAGUAAAUACUGCAGAAGCAGCUGCUCAGGCAUUAGUUAUGCUCAGUACUGGUUCUACUUCUACUGGCUGCCAGGAAAACAUUGAGGCCAUCCUAGAAGAACUUAAUAAUGAGGAAGAGCUGCAGGAGAUAGUGAAUAUGCUCUCUGCUAAAUACGGAGAGAAAAGGAGAAGCACGGAGAUCAACUUAGAACAAUAUCAUCUGAGCACAAAAAUGUUUCAAGCAAUCAUGAAGAUAGUGUGUACUGAAGAUAGAGAUAAUAUAAGAAGCAUGGUCGCCAAACUCAUGCAGAAUUUGCGUGGCUACGCAGGGGCAAAAGAUUUUAAGAAGCAGAUGGAUAUAAUUGACAAGGCACUACCAGAGGUGUUGAAAUCAAUUAUACAUGAAGUAGUGAGGUUGGAGAGUGCAGAAUCUACAAGUGAAAAUAUGGUCAAAGCAAACGAUGAACUGAGAAUCAAAGAAGGCAAAGUACUAGAAAGCCUUAUCAGUCUCGCAGUGAAGAUUUUCAGCUCCAUGGAUGCAAGAGAUGUCAUCAAAACCCUCGAGGAUCCCAAUAUUACUGUGGGCCUAUUUGUCCAGAAGCUUAAGAAGGUGUUAGAAGUGUACAAGUCUCCAAUUACUGCAUAUCCAAGGAUACGGAAAUCUACAAUUGAAUUGAUGAUUUGGAUGAUAAGAAACAAUAGCAGUUACAUAGAGAUCCUCUUGCAAUGUGGGGGUGUACGAACAACUAGAAGUGGUGAUCAAGACUGCUAGAAAACUCGAGAAUUUUGAGCUGUUUUACUAUGAUGUUGGGAUCGGUCAUCAUGAAACACCUAUCUCUUCCCUUGCCAUGGCAUUGCGGGAUCAGCUUUCCCUCAGCCCCAAGUUCCAAGAAAGGACCCACUGCUACAGAGAACAUAAAAGCUCCAUAUCUGUCGUUCUUAUUGCUUAAGUUAUCUUGGUAUUUGACUUGAUGCAUCCGAUCUGUUUGUGGACCAUUCUUUGUUGGUGCCUGAAUAAAUGUGAACGUUCGAUAAAUACCAUGGAUACAUAGUAUCCAAAUGUCUUAGUGUGAUGUUUAUGUGUGUGUGUGUGUAUUAUUUGGGAACAUUUACAAUGUACUCUUAUAUUAUGAACAUUUGGUGCUUGUUUGCGAAUA